UCAUUUUCCCUUUCUUCAUCUUCGUCUUCAUCUUCCUCUUCAUCUCCUUCAUCUUUCUCUUCGUCUCCUUCCUUUCUCCAUCAAUUUUCAUGUGAUUCAAACACUAAAUUCAACCUAGAACUCUAUCCAAGAGAAGUGAGCUCAAAAGUUAGAAGGAAAAAAGGAAGCUAAGAAGGAAGAGAUUUAAAGCUCUUUUGGGUGAAGAAAUUAAUAGAGAUUAAGAGAUGGGAAGUGUGGUUCCAAACUCCAUGAACAAAUCCACAAAAAACAAAGAAAAUGGAACCAUUGAUGAUCCUCAGAUAGAACUUGAUGCAGGAGCCUUAUUUGUCCUUAAAUCAAGAGGAUCAUGGUUGCACUGUGGAUAUCAUUUGACAACAUCAAUUGUCGGUCCGGUUAUUUUCAGUCUUCCCUUUGCUCUAGCUUUGCUGGGUUGGGUUCUUGGUGUUCUUUGCAUAGCCAUUGCAGGUUUAGUUACUUUCUAUUCUUAUAAUCUCCUGUCUCUGGUUCUGGAGCACCAUGCUCAACUUGGAAAGCGUCAGCUUAGAUUUCGAGAUAUGGCCAGAGAUAUUUUAGGACCUAGAUGGGGCAAGUAUUUUGUAGGUCCACUUCAAUUUGCAAUAUGCUAUGGUGCUGUUAUUUCUUGCAGUCUUCUUGGAGGGCAGAGCCUUAAGUUCAUUUACCUUCUCUACGACUCAAAUGGAGGAAUGCGGCUAUAUCAGUUUAUAAUUAUUUUUGGAGCUGCAAUUUUAUUUUUGGCACAAAUGCCAUCUUUCCACUCCCUAAGGCAUAUUAACCUUAUUUCAUUAGUCCUUUGUCUUGCUUAUAGUGCUUGUGUCGCUGCUGGUUCUAUACAUAUAGGAAAUUCUAAGAAUGCACCUCCUAAGGACUACUCCAUUUAUGGAUCUCAAGAAAAUCGAUUUUUCGGUUCGAUUAAUGCCAUUGCCAUCAUCUCUACCACAUAUGCAAGUGGAAUUAUCCCUGAAAUACAGGCAACUUUAGCUCCUCCAGUAAAGGGCAAGAUGUUCAAAGGCCUAUGCCUUUGCUAUGCUGUUAUAGUGUCUACAUUUUUCAGUGUUGCCAUCUCUGGUUAUUGGACAUUUGGCAAUCAAGCUUCAGGAAUUAUUCUUACCAAUUUUGUGGGUGAUAAUAAUACACCAUUGUUGCCUGCUUGGUUCCUUCUGAUGACCAACAUUUUCACUCUCGUGCAACUUACUGCUAUAUGUGUGAUUUACUUGCAACCAACAAAUGAAUUGUUCGAAAAAUGUUUCGCUAACCCGAAGAAGGAUCAAUUCUCAACUAGAAAUAUCUUGCCAAGGUUGAUUUUUCGAUCACUUUCAGUAAUUACAGCUAUAACUAUAGCUGCAAUGUUACCUUUCUUUGGGGACAUCAUGGCAUUGUUUGGUGCUUUUGGAUGCAUUCCUUUGGACUUCAUUUUGCCAAUGGUGUUUUAUAAUGUAACUUUCAAGCCAUCCAAACAAAGCCUAAUUUUCUGGAUCAAUACACUAAUAGCUGUAGUUUCUUCAAUUUUGUCGGUAGUUGGAGCAGUAGCUUCAGUUAGACAGAUUGUUCUUGAUGCCAAGACUUACAGCUUGUUUGCUAACAUGUGAACUGAUGGGGAUAAUAGCGAUAAAAGUGUACUUUAUUGGGGUUAAUGUCCAAUUUUAAAAGAUCUUCAAC